AUGGCCGCAGUCGCCAAUUCCUCUCGACAGGCGCUGGACGCCGCACCGCUGAGCACACAAGACAGCUCGUCACCGACACCGCCUCGUCUAUUGAUUCGCUUGCCUCCGCAACAUGAAACCGACCAACACCGUCAUCCGCUCAAACGCAAGUGGCGCUCCAUCGUCAACUUUUUUGCCCUCCCCAUCCGCUCUUACUACCUCGAACCACCUGGCGUCGCCUACCGCAACCAGAUGCAUGCGCAGCGAGCCAAUGCCUGGGACAGCAACGACGCCCAAAGCACCUACCGGCCUUGCCCUGCUUACACUGAUCAAGUCGGAGACGAUGAAAUGGUGCUCUUCAAGGCGCAGGAGGAAGCCGAAGCCUUUGCAGCCAUGCAGCGCGAUCAACAGGCUGCUACGAGUGCUCCUGAGGUGCAGCAGCCUGAACACAUGCCGUCUCCCGGAUUGAACGGCGCUCUCACAGAUGAUGACGACGUCGAGGAUGAAGAAGACAACCAAGCUCAAAGCAGUGAGCACCUCCGCUCGUGGCCGCAGAUGCCACCCGCGGCUUUCACCAUGUCUGCCGCUACCGCCGAGCCCUCUCCUCGAUACGAGAUCAUCGACCCCCUUUCUUCCUUUCCCGUCGCAUCUUCUUCUUCUCAACCCAUUUCUGCGCCACGACGUCCACGCCUCGGCACGCGCACCCGCACACACAGCAAUCUCUCUCGAUCCUCAGAGGCACCCACGUUCAUCAACGGCAUUGCCAUGUCUCGACAAUGCUCCACGCCCCUGUCCCCCACCAUGGCCCUUCUCUCGAGCUCUCCGCCUACCUCUGUGCAUCAUCGCCGAGGCAGAGCCCAGACAAGCUUGAAUGCUGCUCGGCCGACCCUAGAGGGACGAAACAUCUCGGAACCGCUCAGCUGGACGUUGGUGCGAUCGCAGUAUUCCUAUCCGAAACGCGGCUUGACUGCCGAACAGCUGACGUUCUUGAGCUCGGUCGAGUCCUUGGGUCGCUUUGGUGUGCCUGCUUCGCCCGAGGUGGCUCCAUCACCGGCGUACGAGGUGUCGCCGUCGGCGAGUGCUGGACAAGAUUAUGGGUUUCCCUCUACGUCGGAUGGCGCAGCAGGCACCGCGCAGCGAUAG